AUGGGGGAGAGCAACGUGACCACGGUGACAGAGUUCAUCUUGCUUGGGAUUUCCGAUCACCCCAGGGCUCAGAUGGUGAUGUUUAUCAUUUUCCUAAUAUUCUAUCUUCUCACACUAUUCAGUAAUACCCUUCUUAUUGUCCUGAUCAUUCUGAGCCCUCUUCUGCACACGCCGAUGUACUUCUUUCUCUGCAACCUCUCCUUCUUGGACAUCUUCUACACUACCAGCAGCAUUCCACAGUCCCUGAUCAACUGCUUCUUCCGCCGGCCCACCAUAUCCUAUACCAGAUGCAUAACUGAGAUGUACGUCAGCCUCUUCCUUGCAAUAGCAGAGUGUUUCUUGCUGGCUGUCAUGGCGUACGACCGCUUUGCCGCCGUGUGCAACCCCUUGCGUUACACUGUCAUCAUGAGUUGGAAGGUGUGUAUCCAGUUGGCAGCCACAUCUUGGGGUGGUGCCUUUGUGAUGACCCUGAUACCGAGACUGAUUCAACCGACUCAGUUGUGUGGACACAUCAUCAACCACUUCACGUGUGAGCUACAGGCGUUCCUCAGGCUGGCGUGCUCAGACACACGUGUGACCAAGAUUGUCACCCUGAUCAACAGCAUUAUUGUCCUGGCCGUGCCCUUUAGCUUCAUCUUGGUGACCUACGGGCGCAUCGGCCAGGCCGUGCUGCGCAUGCAUUCGGCCAAGGGACGAGGCAAGGCUUUUUCAACCUGUGGGUCCCAUCUGGUGGUGGUCAGCAUCUUCUACGGCUCAGGAAUCUCCAUGUACCUGCGGCCACAAGGCAAGACCUUCUCGGACCAUGACAAAUUUGUCUCCCUGUUUUAUGGAGUGGUGACCCCAAUGCUCAACCCUUUGAUUUACAGCCUUAGAAAUAAAGAUGUGAAAGGAGCCUUUUGGAGACUGCUUGGAAAGAAAAUGUCUGAAUGA